CCAAUGGAUUCAUUCAUUGGUUUUGCAACAACAAUAAAACCACCAAACAAAAAAACAACAACAAUCUAAGAGAAGUGGAAGAGGUAGUUCUACUAGUGUUAUUGUUAUACUUCCGUGUCUUUCUUAAAUCGAUCAAAAGAAAACCUCUGUUCGUGUUCUCUUGUUUCAUCGUCGAUUCUAUCUCAAAGAAAAUCAAUGGCAACAACAAAUGUUCAAGAAGAAGCCACCAAACCCGCAAAGAGAAAACCCGUUUUCACAAAAGUGGAUCAGAUGAAACCAGGAACCAACGGUCACACUUUGAUCGCUAAGGUUUUAUCCUCUGAAACUGUCUUGCAAAAAGGACCAAGACCCUCUUCGUCUUCCUCUUCCCGUGGUAUCAUUCGUCCUACUCUCAUCUCUGAGUGUCUCAUCGGCGAUGAAACCGGCUCCAUCAUUUUCACCGCUCGCAAUGAACAAGUUGAGUUGAUGAAGGCUGGAAACACCGUAAUCAUUCGCAAUGCAAAGAUUGACAUGUUUAAGGGAUCGAUGAGGCUGGCUGUUGACAAAUGGGGGCGAAUUGAGGUGACUGAUCCCGCUGAAUUCGUCGUCAAAGAGGAUAACAACCUAUCCCUCAUUGAAUAUGAAUUGGUGAAUGCCGUUGAAGAAUAAUAAUUCGUAGUUACAACAAAUCUAUCUCUCUUGUUUUGGAUGCUGCAAUGGUAAAACUUAACUGGCAUAUACAUUUUCGCUUUAAUUAGCCUGGAUUUUCCUUUUAACUUGCUUGACUUCAUUCUAGGGUUAAAUUUGUUACUUGAACACUGUUUUGCUACUGCUACUAUCUUUAAGUGUAUCCAGUGAAGUUAAGAAAAAUAUGACAUGAUUCUCCAAAUUUUCUUGUAAUCCUUCUAAUCGCAAGAAUUGAGAAUGGUUAACUAGGAAAAAGAAUAUUCACAUAGA